GUCUCAAAUACUUUAAACUCUUCAACCAAUACGAAUUAUAACUAUCUCUGUCCUUUACAAAGAACAGAAGAAGAACUUUUUUCAAUCGUUCUUACCAAAUACUUCUUAGAAAUACCUGAUACAGUUAAAUAUAAUUCUGCUUUGGUCUCAAAUACUUAA